ACAUUAAAGCAUGCGGGACCGUUUCCUGUGUUUCCAGGAAGUAGUUUUUUCAGCAAGUAAACAAAUAAUAGCAAGAGUGCUGUAAAUUGGAAAUAGGAAUGGCAGAACAGACGGUAACAGUGACAGUUGCAUACGGCUCUACGAAACAUAGCAUCACAGUGACGGGACAGGAUGGAAGUGAAGCUACGGUUAAAGACUUGUCAGAUGCCCUUGCUCAAGCGACUGGAGUUCCGGCCCCAUCACAGAAAAUUAUCUUUAAAGGGAAAUCUUUAAAAGACAUGGAAGAGAAGCUCUCCAGCUUUGGAGUGAAACAAGGCUGUAAGCUUAUGAUGAUUGGGAAGAGGAAUAGUCCAGAGGAGGAAGCGGAACUCAAGAAGCUAAAAGACAUAGAGAAAUCUGUGGAGCAGGCGGCCAAAAAGCUGGAAAAAGUAGAUGGAGAACUGACCGGUCUCAAGAACGGCUUUCUCGCCAAGGACCUUCAGGCGGAGGCGCUGAGCAAACUGGACCACAGAGUCAAGGUCGCAUCGGAGCAGUUUAUGAAGAUUCUGGAACAGAUUGAUUCACUGAGCUUACCAGAGAAUUUCAAUGAUUGUCGAAUGAAGAAAAAGGGACUUGUGAAAAUAGUUCAGGAUUUCCUGGCCCAGUGUGACAAAGUCGAGGCGGGAAUAUCAGAUCAUCUAGCGAAGAUCCAGUCCAAAAACAUGGCACUGGUAGACUAAGGUCACCUAGUCCUCCCUUCUAUCAUGUAGGAUCCCCCUCUGCUCUGCCAGUGGCCAACAGUCAUAUAUACAUUGCUCUGUGAGCAAACGGAUAUAAUAACUGCACUGAAAGCUUCAAUUGUGGAUCUGUUGCCUGUGGAUUUAUUGACUACAGCGAUGAUCCUGUCUGGUCAUUUGUGGGUCCCUCCCAACCUUAAACAAAGUCGAAGCCAGUUGGUCUCCGGUUUUCAUCAUGGCUACACGAAUGUUCAUGUAUCAUUAAAGGCCUUCAAAAGAAAGAAAGAAAAAAAAAAACUAAAGCUACUUGUAAAAUGUUGGUGACAGUGAUAUAUAUAUAUCUGUCCACCUGUGUGUCAUUAUUCUGCACCACACCUGUUCCCUGCUCUUGUGAAACAUAUCUUGAAAAACGUUUUUAUUUCCCCGCUCAUUGUGCGUAAAUUGUGCGUAAAUGGAUAUUUUUGUGGCAACGAGCAGACUUUUAUUUAAUCCAAUGAAUUUUGUGAUGAAUAGGUCCUAAUGAGGAUCGUUUCACGUUUUACGUACAUCUUUGUAUAGAGCGCUUGAUUUUAAGCUGACUCAAACCACAAGGUGUAUUAAAUUGAAAUAAAAUGUGUUUGUGUUAUCUG